ACGGGCCACUUGUGCCUCCUGGGGCUGUCCCAGAGCAGUCAGGGAGGGGAUAGGCUGACAGGCGGUCCCAUGGGGAAGUACAUCAGAAACAGUAGCUUUCCCUGAGGAAGACACACAAAAGUAUGUCCCUUGUUCUGGCCUUUCCUGUUUUAACACAGGAAAGAGCUGCUGGGCAGCAUGACCACCAACUCAGGAGUGACAGGGCUCAAGGAAGUUGAGAGCAGGGUCGAUCCUUUUGCAAACCAGUCCUCUGGCUGGGGUCCUUUAAAUGUGCAGAGGAGAGAACACCCCUGGUGAGAACUAGUUACUCUUGCCCUCGGAACAAAGGGAUGAGCAUAUACCCUGAGCACACUAGACACUGCUGUGGGCCACUGGGCUGCAGAGUUCUUCCGAGGUGGGCAUGGCAGUCCCCAUUUAUUUUAGGACGAUGAUUAUUUGUGGUACUGGGGAUUGAACCCGGAACCACUGAGCUACAGCCAAAGCUCUUUUUGAAGCUCUCCCUAAGUUGCCUAGGUUGGCCUUGAACUUGCAAUUCUCCUGUCUCAAGCCUUCUGAGUGGCUGAGAUUUGAACCUGUGGGAAGGAGUCGCAAUUCUGUAGAUGAAAAUAUCUGUGACAGGACACCCACUCAAAGUGGCUAGCAGCCAAGAAAAUGCAUGCCUGCCAGGACGCAUAGACUUGGAGACAGAGCUGGCCAAGGCACCCAGUGUUGUACAUUCUGGAGGUGUUUUUUGGUUUUCCAAUGACAUUUUGGAGGUGGUUCCUAACUAAGGUUUCACUACAGUCUCAUCCUGGCUUUGCUCUGGGCAGGAGAGAUUACAUGUGGUCCUUUCUUGCAGAAACAGAAUCACGCUUGAUUAGGCUGGCUUUCCUAGCUUGUCACAACACUAGGGGCCAUUAUGGGCAGUGUGGUAGUGUCAUUCUGGCUGAGCCCCUGUGGGCUUUUCACAGAAAUCUGCCUUCCUUGGGUCUCUGUGGUCACUGCUUUGGGGAGGUAGCUGAAGCCACAAGCAGAAGCACACAGGAGUAAACAGGCUGACUCCUCCGUAGGGGCUGGACACAGGGAAGUGCUUCUGGAGAGAAUCUAGUAACUUGGAACAGGAGCAGAGCAGGUGAUCAUCACUCAGUGAAAAGAUCGAUUCCUACGUUCAAGGCCGGCACCCCGGCUUUGCAGCUCCUCCCUGCAACUCCUAUAGGUCAAAGGACUCCCGCGCAUCCGCGGGCAGCGGGGCCUGCGGACGGCUUGCCCAGACUAGCCACUGGGGGCGCUCGAGAGUCGGCGAGCCCACGCUCAGGGACCGAAGGGGUUUCUGUGGCCCGGAAGACCUUCCGGCGCUGAGGCGGAUGCCCACGGGCUCUGGCUGCUCGGUGUCCACGAACAUCAGCUUGCGCGUGGCCCCGCGGCUCCGGAGGCCCGAGAAGCCAGUGGGAGACGGCUGUGCGUGCGCAGGCGGAGAGGCCCCGCCCCCGCGCAAAGCGCGCUGGGAGACGUGGGGUCGCCGCUCCUGCCCGGUGCGGCCCUGGCCACUAGCUCACUUUGUCCCCAGCUUCCUUUCUUCCAGAGUCUCGGCAGCACCAGCGCCCCAUCGCGCGCAUCCGGACCCUAGCUUGUCUAGCCUUGACCCCAUGUGGGUGGACCAGGUCCUGGCAGACCCCACUCGGAGUCUAACCUCCCGGCCUCGAUCCCAGCCGGAGGCUACUGGGCCCACCCGGCGCCGGCCAUGCACGGGAAGCUUCUGCCGCUGGCCGGUCUCUAUCUGGUCCAAGGCUUGCCCUAUGGGCUGCAGUCCGGCCUGCUGCCCAUCCUGCUGAGGGCCCGCGGCCUCUCCUUGACGCGCGUGGGCCUGGCCAAGGGGCUGUACGCACCAUGGCUGUUCAAGUUGGCGUGGGCUCCACUGGUGGACAGGCGGGGCUCCCCUCGGGCCUGGCUUACUCUCAGUACAGCGGCCCUGGGCAUGGUGUGUGGGCUGCUGGCGGCACUGCCUCCCACCCAAACUGGCCAGGCGGGUCUGCCCACCACCAUGGUGGGGCUGUUACUGCUUCUAAACCUGGGUGCGGCUGUGCAAGAUGUGGCUCUGGACACAGUGGCUGUUCAGCUCCUGGAGCCAAGGGAACUGGGACCCGGAAACACCGUGCAGGUGGUGGCUUACAAGCUGGGGGCAGCGCUGGCUGGGGGCGGACUAUUGGCCUUCUUGCCCUCCCUGUCUUGGCCACUGCUCUUCCUGCUGCUGGCUGCCACCUACUGGCUGGCUGCUGCCCUGGCCUGGACUGCACCAGCCCUGCGACAGCUGCCAUGGCCUCAGCCCUCAGAGCACACCUCACACCUUCUGCAGAAUUUGCUGGCCGUGCCUGGGACUUUGUGGACAGCAGGCUUUGUGCUCACAUACAAGUUGGGUGAGCAGGGUGCUAGCAGCCUGUUUCCACUCCUCCUGCUGGACCAUGGUGCUUCUGCUCCAGAGCUGGGGCUGUGGAGUGGUUUCGGUACUGUGGCUUGCUCCAUUGCUGGCUCCUCCCUGGGUGGAGCCCUACUGGCCAGGCACUGGCAAUCACUUUCCCUGUUGAGGUCAGUGCUGUGGCUCCGCCUUGGGGGCCUGGUCUGCCAGACUACCCUGCUCUUCCAUCUGGACACCCCAGGUGCUAACGUGGGGCCUGGCACAGUCCUGAGAGGGAUGGCCUUGCUGAGCCUAUGUCUGCAGCACUUCCUGGGGGGCCUGGUCACCACGGCCACCUUCACUGUGAUGAUGCAUUGCAGCCAGCUGGCACCUAGAGCACUACAGGCCACACAUUACAGCCUCCUGGCCACUUUGGAGCUACUGGGCAAGCUGCUAUUGAGUACCCUGGCUGGAGUGCUGGCUGAUGGCUUUGGCCCACGUCCCUGCUUCACUGUCUUCCUUGUACUUUCAACCCUACCCCUUCUGGACCUGGGCCUGGCACCCAACACACUGGCCUGA